AUGUCUCAGCAGGUGGACGGAUCAAGGAAAAAGGGCCGCCCCUGCAAGAUCUGGUGUGAGCUGGUCAACCAGGACCUCAAGAAGUGGUGCCUUACACCCAAAGAUACUUUAGACAGGGACUUCUGGAAGAAGGAAUUACGGACUUGCCGUGCAGCGUCCAGCACACCGGUGGUGUUUAUUUCCCGCCCAACGUGUGGCUGCAUAAAAAAGUUGAGUAUCAGGAAGUUCUGUUUCAGGAGGCUGUGUCAAGAGCUCUCAGCAGCACACACAGAGGGACCUGGGUUCAUGCUGGUGGGAAGCGGUCUGCAGGAAAUGGAAUCUCAUGGAAAUUGUCAGGAUCGAUGCUGUGAGCUGAAGCAGCUCCGAGAGCUCAUAUAUCAGCAGGUAGCCGCUUUAUCUGAGAUCAAGGCAAAGAUGGAGUACAUGGAGAAAGAGAAUACAGCUCAGGCAGGCGAGCUGUUGGCAGUGAAGAGCGAACUGGAGAGGAUGAAGAAAGAAAAUGCUGAGCGGCCGAAGGUGGCGUUCAGUGCCAGAUUAUCUGCAGGAUAUCACGGAGUGUUUGACACCGAAACCACUCUGAUCUACAGUCAAGUCAUCAGCAAUAUCGGAGCAGCUUAUAACCCACACACAGGCAUGUUCAUAGCUCCGGUUACAGGUGCGUACUAUGUCCACAUCACAGCCUACAAUGGUACCAACCGCGACACUGGCGUCCGCCUGUACAAGAACAGCCAGCACCUCAUGCACUUGGUCAGCGACAGCAAAAACAACUCUACCAAACAUGUGUCCAGCGCGCUGGUGCUCGAACUGGAGGCCGGAGACGUCGUGUAUCUCCGUCUUCUCAGGAACUGCGCCCUCUGUGACGACAAGCUGCACUGCAACACCUUCAGCGGAUUCCUCAUUUUCACUUCCUAAAAAAAAAUAAAAUCCACCAUCUGUGCCUCAGCUCUGUUUAAAUCUCCAGUAAAACGAGUUUAUCUGCAUUCUCACAUGUUUCUGUCCUCGUGUGUGUGAUAUCGCAUCUCCACAUCUAGUGCAAAACGGAAAGUUACAGCUUAACCUCAGACACUGGUGACUCCUUCCAUUUAAUCCUUCCUUGAAUUAAAAUGUUUAUUGAACAAAUUAUGUAGUCUGGAAACCCAGCCAAUCAGAGAAGAGCUAAUCAAUACAUUAAUGAUCCCACACACAAAAAAAGGGAAACAGUCACAUACAUUCUACUUAGAAAUUGGAGAAAUAUUUUAAAUCACUAAAUAAAUGCAUUGUAUGGCACCUUUAAAA